CCAAAAAAAAAUAAAUAAAUAAAAAAAAUCCAACAGGGUCCGAACACGAGAGGACUUAAGUGAGCUUCUCAUGUACGCCGGGAGCCAGCUAACGACGCCGUUUCACAACCCGCGAAAUUUCUCCGCCAAAAAGAGUUGGGCCAUGAACGUAGAGCAGCGAAAUCCGAGGAAUGAGGACAGGUCGCCGGUGAGAAACCAAGUUGGGGAGUUGAGGAAAUCCAGGGACUUUACGCUCCUCGGAGCAGGUUUUGGAGACUGUGAUCGGGUUUAACGAGUUCGAUUCGUCUGUCUAAAACCCUAGGCGAUGGGGAAAGGUAAUCCCACGAUUGUGUUAUCGUCGGACGAUGACGACGACCACGAACGGCGUAUCUCGAGUUCGUCUCGGGUAGUUACGAAGUCGAAAUCGGGUUCUUCGGGACGUAGCAGCGCGAAUCCUAGAGCGGCGAAGAGGGCUCGCGUCUCGGGUCCUGUGAGAAGGAAAGAAUCCAAUCACGUUGAUGAGAUCAGAUUGUCAUUCGAAGAUUUCGACGAAGCUCUGAGCGGGUUCAAGGUACCUUCCGGUUAUGAAAGAAGCGCAUCCACGGAGUUGUGGGUGGAAAAAUACAGGCCUCACACCUUGGAAGAGCUCGCUGUUCAUAAGAAGAAGGUUGAAGAAGUCAAAAUGUGGCUUCAGGAAAGGUUGGAUUUCCCAAAGCAGGGUGAGUUUGGGAAUCAUGUUCUCUUACUGACGGGGCAAGCUGGAGUUGGAAAAUCUGCAACUGUCCAUGUGAUUGCUUCUGCACUCGGUGUGACGGUGUACGAGUGGGAUGCUCCUAUUCCUACAAUCUGGCAAGAAUAUACACAUAACUCAAGUUCAGGACUGCAAUACACGUCAAAGCUGGAUGAGUUUGAAAACUUUGUUGAGAGAACUAGGAAAUACCAAUUGAUUACUUCAUCGGGCAUUGGAGAAUCAAAGUCCCGUGCUGUUCUUUUGAUCGAUGACCUUCCUCUGACAAAUGGGAGGCUAGCCUUUGAAAGACUGAAAAAUUGCUUAAGUCUUUUGGUGAGAUCAACUCAGAUUCCUACAGUGGUAUUGACGACUGACUACAAUAAAACAGAUUCUGCCGACCAGACGACACGAAGCAUGGAAGAUCUCCAGUCUUCUCUUGAGCAAGCCGGGGCUUGUAAGGUCGCUUUCAAUCCCAUUACAAAGAACUCAAUUAAGAAGACACUUCAGAGAAUAUGCAAAGAAGAGCAUUGCAAUGUAACUGCCGAGGAGAUUGAUCAAAUAGCAAGCACCUGUGGAGGUGACAUCAGACAUGCAAUUACAUCUUUGCAACUCUACUCCCUUGGGCCAGUGCUGAAUCGUACCAAGAAAAUUUCGCCGAGGCAUGGCACUGCCUUGGAUGAGGGAAUCUCUCCUUGUUUUGGCAGAGAUGAAACUCUCACUUUGUUUCACGCCCUGGGAAAGUUUCUCCACAACAAGAGGGAGACGGAUAAUGUUAUUGGAUCAGGCUGCAGAGAGUUUCUUGUACGAGAUCAGUUUGCAAGAUUGCCACUGAAAAUGGAUGCUCCAGAGAAGGUUCUCUCCCAAGCACAUGGGCAGGCAAGGUCUGUGGUGGAUUUUCUUCAUGAAAAUGUGCUGGAUUUUAUGAGAGAGGAAGCCAUAGAUGAUGCGUGGUGUGUAUCUUCAUAUUUGGCCGAUGCUGAUGUCUUCGUCGCAUCUUUUAGAGGAGAGCUGUCUAGGCGCAACGAAGCAGAAAACAUUCUACAAUCAGCUGGAGCCUCAGUAGCUGUUCGUGGCGUGUUAUAUGGAAACAAGUUUCCAUCUUCCUCCAGGUGGCACUCCAUUCGCAGGCCAAAACUCUGGCAAGUCGAACAAUCCUCAACACAGACCAAGAAGGAGAUGAUGAUGCGGAGGAGAGACGGAGACCGUAGUGCGGGAAGAGCGUCCGAAGCAUCAGAGAUGGCGACAGAGUAUGCCCCAUUUCUGAAAUGGCUAGUGUUCGAGGCAUCCAGAAAGACUGAUCGGAAGGUCCAAGAGAUUGAAGAAACAUCCGAAGAUGAAAUAGAAGACUGGUGAGAGAGAGUGACACAACAACGUCCUCCUAAUCCUGUACUGUCCUUUCUGCGUCUUCCAUGUGAACAGUUCUGCUCUAAUGAUGACGCUUGAGUUGAGAUGUAGUUUUUCAAUUCCUCUAAUUUUCCGCGAUACUUGGGAAGCCCCUCUGAAAAAAAAUUAAUGUAUUACA